AUGUUCUUUGGUUCUGUAACUGCCCUUCUUUCCCUGGCAAGCACGAGCUUUGGAAAAAUUCUAUAUGCUGGAGUGAACGAGUCUGGCGGCGAGUUCGGGGUCUUCGCUCCUGGACAAAAAGGCUUCGGCCUUCCUGGGCGCUUCGGAGUCGAUUUUGCCUUUAUCAACAAGAGCACCAUCGACAUCUUCGUUGACCAAGAAAAGAUCAAUUUCUUCCGAGUAACGUUCCUGAUGGAACGAAUGGCUCCCCUUGAAUUUGGAUUAGGAAGCAAGUUCAAUGAAACGUACUUCAGCGAGUACGCGGAUGCCAUUAAUUAUAUCACCCAAACAAAAGGCGUAUACGCUCUCAUUGAUCCUCACAAUUACAUGCGCUACAACGACCCAUCUCAACAACCAUUCUCCGGUAGUGUCAUUGGAAACACCUCUGAUCCAACAGCUGCUACCACAGCUCAAUUCGGACAAUUCUGGCACGAGCUCGCCAGACGCUUUGCUACGAAUCCCAAAGUCGUUUUCGGCAUCAACAAUGAGCCUCACGACAUGCCAACAGAACUCGUUCUCCAAAACAACCAAGCGGCUAUUAACGGUAUUCGUCAAGCUGGUGCAAACCAGCUCAUCCUCGCACCCGGUAACGGCUUCACUGGUGGUCAUUCGUGGAAUCAAACCACCGGUGCUGGUGACGCACCAUCCAGCGAUUUCUUGAAUAAGCUUGUCGACCCUCUUCACAACACUGCUAUUGAUGUUCACGAGGUAGAUAUUCAAAGCCCUUCGAACCUUGCAGGUUUGACAGCGUGGCUUCAGGAAAAUAAUCUCAAGUAA